CCGCCUCGACACCUUCCUUCAGGCAUCGCAGCGGCACCAUGGAGCUCUCCCCGGCGGCACUCAAGUACGCGAGUCUGUGCGUGUUGUGCGUGCAGAACAGCCUGCUGGCCAUCCUCAUGCGGCUCUCGCGGGUCGGCACCUUCCCGCGCUUCAACCCGGCCACGGCCGUGUUCGUGGGGGAGGCGCUCAAGCUCGCCACGGCCUUCGCCGUGCUCUUCCACGAGUUCAACUCGCUCAAGGAGCCGCAGCGCCGGAAGCGCAUGGGCGAGUCCUUCCGCACCAUCACCAACGUCAACGAGCUGCUGCGCGUGAGCGUGCCCGCCAUGCUCUACGUGGUGCAGAACAACCUGCAGUACGUGGCCGUGUCCAACCUGGACGCGCCCACGUUCCAGGUCAUGUACCAGCUCAAGAUCCUCACCACCGCCAUCUUCUCCGUCGUGAUGCUGCGCAAGACGGUGCUGCCGACGCAAUGGGGCGCCAUCGUCACGCUCAUGAUGGGCGUCGCCCUGGUGCAGUUGGACGAGGACUCGUCCAGCGCCGCCGCUGCGACGGCUAAGACAGGCCAGAGCACCACCAAGGGCCUGCUGGCCGUGGUCGCUGCGUGCGUGUGCUCGGGCUUUGCCGGUGUGUACUUUGAAAAGAUCCUCAAGGGGUCGGGGGCGAAGACGACUCUGUGGGAACGCAACGUGCAAAUGUGCUUCCUCGGGCUGGCGCUGUCUGGCGGCGGACUGGUGUACAACGACCUGGAGUCGAUCGUGAGUCUCGGCUUCUUCUACGGCUACCGCCCUGUGGUUUGGGCUGCGAUCUGUAUGAGCGCGUUCGGUGGCCUGCUCACUGCGGUUGUGGUCAAAUACGCCGACAACAUCUUGAAGGCCUUCGCCACGUCCAUCGCCGUGGUGCUGUCGGUCAUCUUGUCGGUGUUUGUGUUCGACAAGGUGCCCACGGGGCAGUUCGUCAUCGGAGCCAUUCUGGUCAACGGCUCCGUGUACGUGUACGGCAAGGCCCCGGAGUGGCGCAAAGACCACCUCGAGCCUAUCUUGCCUCUGGCUGGCGGCAAAGACCCGAAAGACGUCGUCUAG